AUGUCCCCGACCGGAGCUGCGGUGGCCGCCGCGACGGCGGCCUCUGUCGCCUCGCGCGCGACUCGCGCGGCGCUGGGCUCUGUGGCGCCCCCAGGUGCGCUCGCCUGCCAGCGAGACUCGUCACUGCGCUCUCUGCGCACAGCCGUGCACGCCUGCCGUGAGCACGUGGUGCCAGCCACGAAGAAGACCAAGGCCCAGCGCUUCUUAGAGCUGGAGCUGGAGGACACGGUGCUCUUCCCCGAGGGCGGAGGCCAGCCUUGGGAUACCGGCAAUAUCGAUGGCGUGCCGGUCGACCAAGUGUACGUGAAGGACGGUCGCUGCGUGCACCGCAUCCCUGUGGAGGAGGGGGAGCAGGCGCCGUUCGUGGAGGGCCAGGAAGUGCUGGCCAGUGUGGACUGGGAUCGCCGCCUCGACCACAUGCAGCAGCACUCGGCGCAGCACCUCUUUAGCGCGAUCGCAGAGAAGUACGGCUACGAUACGACCACGUGGUCGCUGGGCGAAGAGCGCUGCAACGUGGAGCUUGUGCCGAUGGGCAGCGUGGAUCCCACCAACGCCGAGGAUGGCAAGAAGAAGAGCAAGGAGAAGUACGUGAUUCCUGCUGACCUGCUGCAGAAGAUCGAGGCGGAAGUGAACGAUGUCAUCGUGGCAGGCCUAGCCAUGACGCCAUCAUUUGCUCAGCCUGGCACGAAGGAAUGGGAGAAGAUCGCUGCGAAGUUUGAACCUGGGCAGAUGCCAAAGGCCAUGCGCAUCGUCACGAUCGAUGGUCUGGAUGUGAAUCCGUGCUGUGGUACACACGUUCAGAAUCUGGCGCAACUCCGAUCCCUGCGCGUACUCAGCAUCGAGUUCGCACGAGGAGCUAGUCGCGUUUGGUUCGUCGCUGGUGAGCGUGUGAACCGCGAGUUCUCACGAAUGCUGAAGAACGAACACGCCAUGACCAAGCUGCUAAGCAGUGCGCCGGAUGACCACGCCUCUCGCGUGGAAAAAUUGCUUCAGUUUCAGAAAACCGCAGCUAAGGAGCUGAAAAAUCUCCAGAAGGAGCUUGCCGCCUCAAUUGCGCGUGACCUGGUGGCACGCACUAGUGAAGGUGUCGUAACUUAUCACCGCGAGGAAGGGGAUCUCGGUUUCCUGCAAACGCUGCUGGGUCUUCUGGGCGACGCAAAAAAUGACGCGGUGUUCGUUCUCACGGCUGGAGAGCUGCGCGGCGAGGGUUUGUUCCUCAUUGCUGGAUCUCCCGAGUUCAUAAUGGCCCACGGGAGGUCGGUGCUGCCGCUCAUUGACGGAAAGGGUGGUGGUGGCAAGAACGGCAUCAUCCAAGGUAAAGCUAAGGGGCUAGCUAAGGUUGACAGCCUUGUGGCAAAGCUUCAGGAACUCCGUCUGCAACAGUGA